CUGUCGUUUUUCCGUUCGCUUACUGUGAUGCCUCCUAAAUCGUCAUCGGCAUCGUCAGCUACGCGCAAAAAACAUGCUCGAAAGGCGGCGGCGUCAUCGGGACUCGCAGAACAGCCGCCCCCGCCCAGAGAAAAGAAAGACAAAAGGCACAGGUCUGAUCCUCCACGAGUAAAGAUGUACAUCGCACCAGUCAAACCGACAUCAGCAGUCCGGGACCCACUCGAGACCACGGGGCUCGCCCAUAGGCUUCCUCCCGAGCUUCUGGUCGUAUUACGAAGUUUGGGCAAAAAAGCAGCCGUGACCAAGACUCGAGCAUUGGAGGAAUUGCAGAGUGGAUGGAUAGACCGAUGCGACGACGACGAGGCAACGUUAUAUACGGUUCUUGACAUGCUUCCGGUGUGGAUUCAUCACCUCCCGUCGAAUCUCGUUCAUCCGCUACGACGAAUUAGGCAACUCACCACCAAUAUUCAUGCCAUACUCCUCCGCUUUGAACUCCUUCGACCCUCUCUAAUCGAUGACGCCCCCGAGCUAGUAUCAGGCACAUGGGCACUGGCUGCCCACGAUAUUGAUCGCUCCGUUGCCUCUGUCGCGUCCGCUUCACGCAUCAAGCCAUCGGAAACAAGUUCCUUGUAUGCGUUUGCAGAACGAACCCUCCUCCAUCCCGAUGCUCUCUAUACAGAACUGAAUCCGCUGCCACCAGCUCCUCCUCCUUCAACGACAAUCAAACGGCCAACUGGAGUUGCCCCUCAACCCAUUCAACCUCCCCGAAUCAAAGCAGAUGAGUCAGAGGAGAGUGAGCCGGACCGCCGCGCAAGGUUGAGGAUAUCAGCAUUUGGCCUCCUCAAGCAUCUCCUCGAGACAACCCAGAGUCCCCUUCCCGCAUUCCUUGCAUCACAUGUGCUCUGGUCGUCACUUUACCAUGCUCCUCUGCCUCCUUUCUCAUCGGAUGACGACGAAGAUGCAGACGAGGAGGCAGACGAAUAUGCCGCCUACCGGGAUUCGGAAGGACUGACGGAAGGGUUGGGGCAUAGCCAGCCAGUAUUACGACGCAUGGCUUGGAGCACUGUAUCUGCUCUUGUUACGCGAAAACCUUUACCGCCUGCAGUCGUCAAUGUUCUUUCCCAGGCUGCUCUUCGCUCUGCUUGGGUCGAGCCAGAUGGAGGUGUUCAAGGAGCAAUGUGGGGUGGUCUAUUGGGCUUUUUAAGAGAUCAUCCGACCGCUUGGGUACUUGCACAACCUGCUUAUGACGAAUUUUUGACCACCUUCCUUGCAAACGCAUGUGGAGGUGCGCCAAUCACAGCCUACCCAAGUAUCGUUGUCGUGCUUUCGACACUGCCGCAUGAGAUCCUAUUCCCACCACAUACCCUCUUUGCGGCUUUCUGGGCUGCUUUAGGUGGUCCUCCCGACCAGAUACCAGAUCCAGAUACCCCUUCCGCAUCAACUCCUGCACCAGCACUAACCACCGCGUUGCCGGUAGCUCGUGCCCUGGCUGGCGUUGCUUUUGUUGGUGCUUUGCUCGAAUGCACGGUCUACGUCAUCCGACGGGGUAAAGGCCAUGAAGGCAGCGAUAAUGGUGUUUCGUUGUUUCAAAGAGAGCUGAGGAGGGUAUGGCUUGCGCUGGAUCAUAGGAAGGCAGAGAACAACAAAGAUAGUGAAUCUUUGCUUCAGUGUGAUGUUCUUCAAGCAGCAUCGUUGCUGUUGGGUGCCCUUCGAAGUGCAGCAGGAGUGGGCGAAGAUCUACUUUCUGGAGGACUGGAAGAGAUUGAUCGAUGUCUCCGAGCCGGCCGCAACGCCGACCUUGUUUGCAGAGUCCUCGCGGCCAUGGUCGGCAACGCAACCGGCCACGCAUCGGAUUUAGAUCCGACUUCGACUUCGCCCGCCCAGAGACGGAGAGUCGCAGAUACACGUAUUCGCGAAUUCGGUCGCACUUUGAUGACGGGAAUAUUAAAAAUGGCGGUCGCGAGAGAAGACGGGGCGUUUCUUGUUCGUGCUUUGAGCAUAUUUGGUGCCGAUGUUUUCAAAGACGAAGAUUUUACUCAAUCUGUGGAUGAGCUCGUUUCCCGUCGGGCUUAUCAACUUCUUUUAACUUCCCCGACUCUCCUGUUUGCAUAUCUCACUCAUCGCGUCCCGAAGCGCCAAUCUGUUUACCGCUCUCUUUUGAGCACCCUCGCGCAACAUCCUGAAGCAGUGGAAGAUGCAUUGCGGGUUCUAGUCGGCCCAGAGGCCAAACAAGCUGUUCAAGGUCUGCACGCUGCCGAUUCCGACACCACCGGCCCGCUGGACUCGUUCUUCGUUGACAAUGACACCAUCCCAACGUCUCUGCUUAGUCCUAUUCUUCAACGAAAGGAGCUUUUCCUGUCUGCUUCUGCAUUCAAUACCGUUCUCGCUCGUGUUGUCACCACAUUCGUCAACCGCGUCGAAGCGGCAUUGGUAGCUGCGCCCACCGAACCUAUUCCCCUAACAGCAUUCUCAUCCGAUUUGGCAAUCCUUACGGGUGUCCUUGGUGGCAAUCCUGAGUUGUUGGCGGAAUCACAGAGGCAGAUGUUGCUUCCCUCGAUGUAUAUCUUCGCGUAUGUGCUGCCUGGAUCCAACUCGCUCGACGAAACAGAAGCGACUGUGGAUGUCUCUCCAGCGGCCAAUAUCUGGUUACAGGGGCAAGACGACGGUAUAUCGGGUCCCAUAGUGAUGGAGGUGAAGAGGCAGCUCCGGAUGAUCGUCUCCAACCCAGAUGUUUGUGUCAGUCCUGAAGACGUUCUUGCAGCCAUAAAACAAGAUCCACCAUGUCAUCCGCUGAGCAUUAUAGCAGAUAUUCUCCCCUCUCAACACGAGCUCAACGAGCUGCUUGAGACUCUUCCUCCUGACCCAAUAUCGCCCACUCUUGCUGUCCUACAUCCUGAUUUACCGGUUUCUAAUCCUCGGAAAAUCGAGCAUACCAUUUCAUCGUACGACAAACGCGGUUUUUCUACCUACGCGCGGACUGUGACCGCUCUGAUACAAGCCAUGAUGGACGACCGUCGAGCGGCAAAAGACAAUGUCUGGUGCUGGACGCAUGUUCUCGCACUGGCGUUAUAUGCGGAAGACCUCCUUGCUGUUCCAAAUACACCCAGUGUUCUGUUUGAUAGUUCAUUGUCGACUUUAAGCAUGGAUUUAAUGGUCUUGGUCGGAAAGGCUCGUCAACUGGAAACCUACCUGCUGACCUCAGGUGGCGAUGAUGGCUGGCGGUCAAAUGUUAUUAGUGCGGUAACGAGCGGCAAACCUAUCACUGUCGGAAACCCAGUCGCAGAAUUCUUGGCCGAUAUUAUUGCUCGUGCCCGACGGUCAGAGUCCAGUCGGGAUUGCCGUUUAUUGGGAAGGAUAUUACGGCACUUACUGCAAGAUUCAGAUCGGGCAGAAGCAGAACUUUGGCUGGGUUUAGCAAGAAAGAUCGAGAAACUAGCGCCAGAAACAUGCAUCACCAUCAUUUCGGCCAUCAGCGCGUCGGCUUUAGAGCCUUCAAGACUAGAGCGCUACCGGAACGAACUUGCCGCCGAUCUCCUCAGUAUCCCAGCAAGUAAAGCCAACACGCAAGGAUUGCUUACACUACGAAAACUGGCUGCGAGUGCGCCGAAUGCGGAUUCUGACGUCACGUUCCUCCCUCAGCAACGAGCAAUCAACGUUUUCAAAGCGUGCCAACAAUGGAUCAGUUCUGACGACGACGAUGUGGAUGAGGCUGUUGAGACUGCAAUGACCAGGGUGUUCUUUUAUCUGGCGCCGCUUCUGCAAAACAUCCCUGGGACCCAUUGGGACUUGGUCUUUGAUGUCAUUGGGAACAACCUUGAGGAUGCAUCACUUGCUGAUGACGAUACUCUUGUAAUCCUGGCACACACACUGAGAUUGAUCGUUCUCAUUGAAGAUCUAACCCAAACCAACAAGACCUUUCGUGCGACAUGGGAGGAGCGUCGGACACCGAUCCUCACAAUGGUUAGGGACCUUGCUGCCGGAGAACUAGGCAUGUCAUUCCGUCCUCGCUCACAAAGUUGUGUUCCUAAAAUCUUAACAGACUCCGCCAACCCAUCGGUUCCGCGGUCAACCUGUAGAGAGCUCGUGUUAUCGAUUGUGCAAUACCUUCCAAUAUCGUUAAUCACACCCGAUACAUUACCGCAGAUGACACAUCUUCUGGUCGACCCCUCACCAGAUGUGCAGAAACUGACUUACCAGCUCUUGACGAUCGCCGCGAAGAAACGAACGGAGCACUUGGUCAUUGAAGCGGCCGUCGACACAGAGGGAGAAACCACGGCAGACCUGCCGUCAGAGCUGCUCGAUAUCUUGCAGACAAGGCUCAAUUUUGACCAUGGGGACGAUCUCUUGACUACUGACCAAUCGACAACGUUUGGGUAUCUUCUUGGCUGGAUGGUGCUUCUGGACUUGUUUGUUGACACGUCACUCAAAGUGCGGUCAAGCUAUAUCGAACAGCUUCGUGCUCUUGAUAUAAUCGGAACGUCGUUUAUUCCAACGCUGUUCAGCAUACUCGGUGUCGACCAAGGCAUACCGAAAGCUUUCAAACUGGAUAUGUGGGCCGUGGACGAGUUCUACGUGUCUGCAUACGAUUCUGGAAGCCCGUGGAGCCUGCAAGUUCUCGCGGCCCACCUUUAUUAUCGCUCCUUGCAAAUUGUCCCCUCCCUGAUGCACAGUUGGGUGCUGGACUGCAAAGAUCGCACACUGUCCACCAACAUCACGACAUAUACCACGCACCACUUCUCGUCUGUCCUGAUCCGCGCGGAGCUGGAAAGCGUGCGGGCCGCUCAGCUCAGCGACGACCAGCUUACCGUGAAGAUCGCCAGCUCGGUCAACGAGGUGUCUGCGAGCUACCUCGUGGACGAGCACCGACUGGAAAUCCGCCUCAAAAUACCGUCCGACUGGCCCCUGAAGAAGAUUGAAGUGAAAGAAGUGCAGCGGAUCGGCGUGGAGGAGACAAGAUGGCGCGCGUGGAUUCUUGCGGUCCAGCAGACGUUGUGGGCCCAGAAUGGUCGCAUUAUUGACGGCAUAGGACUCUUCAAAAAGAACGUCCAACUGCAUUUCGAAGGCCAGGUCGAAUGCGCUAUCUGCUACUCCAUCAUCAGCGUCAUGGACGCUAGUCUACCGAAGAAACCGUGCAAGACAUGCAAGAACCGGUUCCAUUCAGGCUGUUUGUUCAAGUGGUUCAGCUCAAGUCAUUCGUCGAGUUGUCCCCUCUGCAGGUCAGAUAUCAUGUGA